ACACGCGUGGUAUCAGAGCCCACUCUAUAUAGCUGUCACCUUUAGGGGAUCCAGGAAACACUGUAAUCACCGCGCGUUUGUUCUGUAGACCUUGGAGCUACAAGUCUUUGUCAGCGUUUCCCUUUAAAAAGAAAAUAAAACAAAUAAAAACAAUUACCUUACAGUGAAAUCGACAAUGUCCGGAGAAGAAGAAGCAGCAGCACAGCAACAGAAAACUGAAGAACAAAAGCAAGACACUAAACCAGAGGAAGACAAGCAAAACGAGCAGCAGCCGCCGCCUGCACAAGAAGCCGAGAAGCCCCAGAAUGAAGUUUCAUACAAGUCCUUGGUGCUCUCGGGCUACGGGGGCUACGAUAAGGUGAAGCUGCAGGUGAAAAAGGGGGAGCUAGUCCCGAAAACCGGGGAAGUGCUGGUUCGGGUGAAAGCGUGUGGCUUGAAUUUUGCAGACCUGAUGGGCAGACAGGGUCUCUACGACAGGCUUCCAUCCCCGCCCGUCACCCCGGGAAUGGAGUGCUCUGGGAUUGUGGAGGCUUUGGGCGAAGGAGUGACCGACAGAAAGCUUGGUGAUAAGGUGAUAGUAAUGAACAGGGCAGGCUUGUGGCAGGAAGUGGUUACCGUGCUAACCAGCCACACCUUCCUGAUGCCCGAAGGCAUGACCUUUGAAGAGGCAGCGGCCAUUCCAGUGAACUACAUCACAGCUUACAUGAUGCUCUUCGACUUUGGAAACUUAAGACCCAACCAAAGCAUACUUAUCCACAUGGCAGCAGGUGGUGUUGGGAUUGCUGCCACCCAGCUGUGCCAAACUGUGAAGGACGUGACGAUCUUCGGAACCUCCUCUGCCUCCAAGCACGACGCCAUCAAAGAGAAUGGAGUCACCCACACCAUUGACUACAGGACAAUGGAUUACGUAGAUGAAAUCCGAAAACUUUCUCCCAAAGGUGUUGAUAUUGUGCUGGACCCCCUUGGUGGAUCUGACACCUGUAAGGCCUUUAACCUCCUCAAACCGAUGGGCAAACUCAUUGCAUACGGUGCUGCAAACCUUUUGACUGGGCAGAAGAAGAAUUUAAUGGCCCUGGCUAAGACCUGGUGGAACCAGUUCAGCAUCAAUGCCAUGCAGCUGCUGCAGUCCAACAAAGCAGUGUGCGGGUAUCACCUGGGCUACCUGGACGAGGAGAUGGAACUGGUGGGAGGUGUCCUGUCCAAAAUACUGGACCUCUACAAGCAGGGCAAGAUCAAGCCUAGAGUGGACUCUGUCUGGCCAUUUCAACAGGUGGGUGAUGCGAUGAGGCAGAUGCAGGAAAGGAAGAACAUUGGAAAGGUCAUUCUUGUGCCAGAGGCUGAGAAAGAAGAGAAGAAAGAGGAGAACUAGGGCAGCACAGGAGCCACGCAGCCAGCCUCUACGAAAGGUUGUUCAGUUGUGAUCCGAGUUCAUUUGCUGAUCUUUUCAGGACCUGGUAACAGAUCUGACCGCUGAAGACACCCCCCCUUCCCCAUAAGUACAUAGCAAGUCUCCCCAGUUGCCCUUUUUAAUCCACUUUGUACAAUUUAUUAAAUCUACCCCUGCAUACCUUUUGGUUGCAGUUUUAUUGUUGUGCAUGGAGAGGUUGAAUCAAGUUAAAAACAUUUUCCUCUGAUAUAUACAUUUAGAUCUUGGAGGGCUCAAAUCCACAGCACAAUAUUGUUUAGAUAGUAGACUUGAUUUUUCUGUCUGUAUAAUCAUUGAAUUUUAAAAUAAAUAACACAGCCAAAAACCUACAACGUAAUUUAAUAUCGCUAAUGCAAACAUUAAUGUUCGGAAGGCUUAUGCAUGCCUUGCUGUUAUGUUAAACAAACAAACAAAAAAAAACCUUUAGAAGUAUAACUAAAAUGCUAGAAGGAAUGCAGAACGAGCAGGCACAGUGAAAGAUCACUAACUUUAUUUGUAAUGGAGUGCAUGUUAGCCUCAUUUCGAAUCGACAUUAUACUCUCUUGAGAUUUAUUAAUGGCCUGUUUAAUGUAUGUGUUUGCUAAACCUUUCUUCUAUAAUAAAUCACUGAAAACCAUUUUAAAUCUCUUUUCAGGUCCUUGGAAAAAUAAUACCAGACAUAAUGCUGCUGUGUUUUCCGCAAAUGUAUUUUGCUUCUAGAAGUCUGAAUGUAGAGGGUUGUCAUAGCAACAGUUCAUUGUAACCACAGAAACUGUGUUGCACUAAAUAUCCGUCAUAACAUUGAGAUCCUUUUGGAACUCUCGCUCAGUCAGACACUAGCUGUGUUGCCAAUUUAGUUAAGAGCCAGAAAAAAGCCAUGCUUCUGACAAAUACAAAGGCUUGCUGAGAAGGAGGAAUUUAUUCGCAAAUACUAAAAUACUUUAGCACAAAUGUACCACAAACAGGUGGCAUUAAUUAGUACAUCUAUAUUUAACACUGAGAAUAUUGCCCAUCUCCUUUUCUUAGUAGUUUGUCAUGCUCCCAGAAAGGUUAUCUCUGCUUUCAGGUCCUUAAAGUUUAGCAAUGGAUUAAAUUCAGUUUGUGAACCACUAAGGCUAUUUGGAAACUUAACCAUGUAUCCAUUGGUGUGUGCGUGCGUGUGUGUGUGUGUGUGUGUGCUUUACUGUGCAGGGCUCGGACUAUGCAUUCAAGUAAAUCCAUGUAAAGCUAUUCCCUGGUUAUUCUGUAAUUUACAGCUGAUGAAUUGCCUAUUGUUGGUUAGAGCUUGGAGCUACAAUCUCUGCUAGUAACUUCAGUGAUUUCAUGCGUGGCCAUUAUUGAUGAUGAUGAUGAGAAUGGCCCCUUAAAAUAAAUUCAGUAAUCUGUAUAACAAAUGGGUCAAAUGCCUUACAGAAGUGUUAUAUUUUGAAUAUCAAGCUGGCAGACUUUUUAAAACAUACUACUUCUCUCCAAGUUAAGAAUCCACCUGUUGAUACAUAUAGCCAUUGGGACAGUAUUGAACAUGCUUUGCCUGCCUGCCUUUUUUAAUAGUAACCAAAUUAGCCUGUAAGAGUCCGAGCCCUGGUGCUUGUGUUUGGACAGUUUGUAUUGAUAUUUGCACUUCACUUGCAAUCGCAGACCUUAUGUUUUGUACCUGUGAUGGUUUUGCAGAGAACGUCUUUUUGAUGACGAAGCUAAAAUGAAGGAAGAUAGGGGGGUUCUCAAGACCAUUUGCAGUAAGUUUAAGGGUGCCAAAUUGUAUAAUGUAAUACUUGGGUGGAGAGCUUGCUUUACUUGAAAUGUCUGCAUUUGUGUGGCUCCUGUAUAUCUGAGGAUACACAAGCUACAUUUUCUUUAUGAAAUUAGUCAUGUUUGGUCAGUAUAUGGCGCAGGUAUUUCUUAUAACUAAACUCAUGGUAUAUUCCCAAAGAAUUAUCAGGCCCAUUUGCUAUUUUCAUAAAUGAGCACCAUGUUGCCCACAUUUUAUGACUGAUUUGCAAAGAAGUAAUAUUUGUUCUUUAGAAAAUGAUGCAUUGUUGAAAAAUGUAGAUUGCAAGUCUCAGUCAAACUUUGUUAAUUUUAUCCCCCAAUAAAAUAACCAUGGUCCCAGAAGAAAUGGAUAGAAUCAGUUUAGAAUUAAGUAAUUUCAGUUUAUUUUUAAAAAGGUCAUUAAGUAACUUCCAUUUGUAUUGUGUUUUUUAUACAAAAAGUUCAAACUGCCACUGCAACUGGCCAUGUUUUAUACAGAAUAAUCCCAAGGUUUUGGUUGUAUUCAAUUCUAAGCAUUAUAUUCUACAUGGUUUCAAAAAUGCUAAACUUUCUUUCAUUGAAAGCCUACAUGUGUGACGGUCCAUGUGAUUUAGAUAGACAACAGUAUUUUUUUAAACAACUAAACCAGUUGCACCAAAUAGUUUAUCGGGUGUAUUGUUAAGAAAAUAAUGAGCACCUGUUUUUGUCCCAAAUUGAAAAUCACAAAACGUUGGAGGCCCGCUAAGUAAUAGCUCAAUAAUCUGAGGCAGAUCUUUUUAUAAGGGAGUAUUGAUAAGCCUUUGCUAUAAAGAAGUCCUUUAUAAAUGCUGCCUGCUAAUAAAAUAUUGGGAACAGGUUACUGUGCCUUUUUGGGUUUUUUUGUACUUAGUCACAUAGCCUUACUACAGCUGCCAGUUUGUAAACCUUUGUACUACUUACUCAUAACAACAAUUUGAAAUCCACUUUAUCUCCUUAUUAACACUAAAAACAUUAUUACUGGUUCUCUGUUUUGUAUCUGCUUACUGUCUUCUAUAUGUGUACCCACUUUAUUUCUGGAUUUUAUACCAAGUUUACCACAAUUUGGUGUUUGGGUUGUUCAUUUGUACUUUGUCUCUGUUAAAUAAGCUUCUGCAUAAUGUAGCUUGUAUGUUGUGCUAUUAAACACAAGAGCUCAGAUGGCUAUGGUGCUUUACCCAUGACACCUUGAAUAAUUUGUGCUUCAAAACUCAUCUCUCUGUCACUCUCAGGACUCAACACAUGAACCGAGUAUUGAUUAAAAAAGGGAAUAUUAAAGUAUGCGCUUGAUUUGCAUUUCUGAAAUUAGGUAUACCGAAACAUACCAACCUGACCUUACUUUUAUACAUCAACUGACCAAAGAAACAUUCCAGAAACAAAACAAAACAAAAAUUAUAAAAAAAAAUUAAGACCUAUGUGCCAACUGAUUUCAGAUUUUUUUUUCUUAGAAAUGAAAAUAAGUCACAUGAGAAUUUCUAAUUCAAAGGUUUUCCAGGCUCCUAAAGGAUGUGGAUCUGUGGUACCAUUUGUAAAACCAGUGAUUCAAGUAAAACUGAAUUAUGUACACUUAUGUUAAAAGCCAUCACCAAGCUCUUUUCAUCAUGUAAUGCCUUCUUUUUGCUACUGCAGUAAAUAAAUAUUAAACACGCCUCAACUGUAAGGUCAUGAUGCAUUUAUACAUGGUCAGUUCCCAUGUAGACAUGCGUUAUUCUGUUCUACGGAUCCAAGGUUAAAUUAAGGAUCUUGUGCUUUCCAUUAGGAAUUAUCAGUCCCACAUGCACACACAUAGUCAGUCGCUGUAGUGCAUACUGUGCAAGCCGACAGGAUACAAAGUCAUAGGAAGUCUCAAUCCAUUUGAACUUCAAGCUCUGGAAAGUUUAUCAGACCUAAUUUUACCCAAGGGUCUCCUAUCGUAGCCUCAUUUUUCAGAACAGCUUUUCAUUUGAUAAUGAUGUACUUUCACCUAAACAAUUUUUAGCUCCAAUUUUAUAUUUUCUUUUUUUUUUUUUCAGAGCUGCCAUAAAAAGUGAAGUUUCUCACAAAAUGUUUACACUGCAUUUACACUCAACUUGUUGCGCCAGUUGAUUACAAAGCAAAGAGUAUGGUCUGCAGUUGGAAAGCCUGGUGAUGGCUGUUGAUUUCAGUAUUAAAUGAGGUUCUAGACAACACAAAUGAUUUACAGUUUUGUUUCAACAAAACAUAAAGCAAAUUGUGUUCUUUUUGUGUAGUUUCUUUUACCUAUUAAGAUGAACGCUGGCUUUCAUGUUGUAAUUUAAUUCUACAAUGUAAUUCAAAGAUUGUCUUUAUGUUAAAACCCUUUGAAAAAUUCUGCUUCUGUGCUUCGUAUCCAGGUUGUUUACAUAGACAAGAACCUGUAAUGCUUUUCUGCCUGAUGUUACCAUAUGCCUUACAUGUUUUCCAAUAUUAAUAAAGAGCAUAAUAAAAAAAAA